AUGAUUACGUUGUAUCACUAUGAACUAACUCUUUACAACUUUAAGGCAAUCAGAUUUUCUGCCCGGGAAAUCUCCUGCUUGACAACCCUACCUCGCGUCACGGCCCUAUGGCCAAUGAACACGCAAAGUGCUAGAUUUGUCAGGAACAUUCAGACGUCUACUAGUCUUCAGCGCCAUCCUGGCAUUGUCUAUCCGCACAAAUUGAGUUGGAAAUGGCUUAUAGAGCGAAGCGUCGACCCUAAUCAGUACACUGUCGAUCCCAUUCGAAAAAUCCGGACCGGUGGACGCGGUCCAGACGGUCACAUAAAAUACAAGCACAGAACUACUGGCUUAAAUAGGCCCUAUUUUCUCGUUGACUACGUGCGUUCACGUCAAAUGGCGACUAAGGAAGUCCACGAGGAGGUUGUUCUCAAAAUAGCCAAAAACUGGUGGCGCGAUCCUUUCCUUGCACUGACUGCAUCAGGCGAGGUAAAAAGGUGGAUAAUCGCUACAUCCACCAUGAAAGAGGGUGAUGUAAUCCGUUCUCACUGGGAAAUCCCCAAAAUUCCCGUCCUUCCUGUCCUUGGUGAUGCCUAUCCAGUCGGAGCCCUCCCAGUCGGCACCCAAGUUUGUCUAAUUGAACUGCAUCCGGGUGAGGGAGCGAUGUCGUGUCGUGCGGCAGGUACAAGCGCAACUAUAGUGCGCCGGGGCACCUCGGUGCAUGAUUUAGAUAGUCUACACGCCCAAGUUACCGACGUCUUUUCAGCUGAACCAAUCGACGACUCUGUCACUUGCACUCUCCAGUUAGAUUCAACUCAGCGCGAACUGCGUCUUCUUCCAACUUGUGUGGUCGUCGUGGGCCAAGUCUCCAACGAGACACACAAUAAGCAACGCUACCGCAAAUUUGGUGAGAAGUACUGGCACGGAAUAAAGCAGCGAAGUGGCCUUUAUCAGAAAAAGACGGGCCGAUUUGGGCGGAAGAUUCGCCCUGUGGACCCAAUGUUAGAUUGUACCCAGGAGGAACCAUCAGUUGGGGAGAUAAUGGUCAAAUUUACGCUACCGGAACGACCAGAGGUUGAGCGAAGAAGGGCCAGAGAAGUUUUUGCUGAUUCCUUGCUUAUUCGACGACCUAAAGCAAGGCCGGUACCAGGACCCAAUAAUGCUCUUCCCCAUACAUUGCCCACAUUCACCUGGCGACAUAAGUAG